AUGCCCAUUAUAGAACUGCCAAGACUGCCAAGAUUAUCAGUGCCGCGAUUCAGAGAACCUAGAGAAAUCGCACGAAACAAAAGAGUGAAGGUAAACAGCACGAAAGAAAGCGGAGACGAAAAUGUGAUGCUUAAAAGCAUGCCUUUUAAGCCUGAGAAGAAACACCUCUGCAAAUAUUUUGUAAAGAAUGCAUGCAUACGAGGCAGCAACUGCACAUUCUCGCACGACCUGUCUAAGUUCCCAUGCAAGCUGUUCCACAUAAAGAAGAACUGCAGAAGAAAAAACUGCCAGUUCUCGCAUGCCCCUAUUUCCGAAGAAGAAGUAAGACUAUUGGUUUCUGAUGGAUGGGAGCUCGAAAAAGAAGAAAAAGAAGAAGUAUUUGUUUCUCCUUUCUUAUAA